CCAAGGCCAAGGUCGAGAAGAUGGAGUUGGGAGGCGUCGACGAUGUGAGGAGUGUUGCCAAGCUGAUGAAAACUUUGGAGCCAGUCUUAGAGAAAAUCGCACAUUUUCAAUCGUUACCACCGGAGAAGCAGACGACAUUCGUUGGAACAAUCGAGGACAACCCUGAAUAUCACCUUCUUACCCAGUCGAAUACCCUCUCGACGUCGAUUGAUACCGAGAUUAUGAUCGUUCAUAAGUACAUCCGAGAUCAUUACUCGAUUCGAUUUCCCGAGUUGGAGACUUUGGUCACAAAUCCUUUAGAUUAUGCUAAGGUUGUUACUAUCAUUGGAAAUGGACCUAUGGAUGGAGAUAGCAUCAAGGCUCUGCAGACCUCGAAAGAAAACCCGUUGGGUGCUACACUACGAUCAGUUCUGGAUGGCCCAUCCGUCAUGAUUGUGACAGUCGAAGCAACAACAACCAAGGGUCGAGAGAUGUCACAAGUUGAGCUUGAGAGAGUUAUGCGUGCUUGUGACAUGACUCUGGCACUCGACAAAGCAAAGAAGACCUUGACAGAUUACGUUCAGUCACGGAUGAACCUAUUCGCUCCCAACCUAACAGCUCUCAUUGGAUCCCUCACAGCAGCACAACUCCUCAACUUCGCAGGAGGCCUUACAGGCCUGGCCAAAACUCCAGCAUGCAACCUCCCACCUUUAGGAUCCAAAAAGCAAUCUGGAACCGGAUUCGCAACCAAUGUCGGAGUUCGGCAACAAGGCUUUCUAUACCACUCACCCAUCAUUCGGGGAAUCCCCAAUGACCUUAAACGUCAAGCUAUGCGCAUUGUCUCCGCCAAAGUUGUGCUCGCUGCCCGGGUAGACAGAGUACAUAACAGCCCUGACGGCUCCACCGGCGAAGAACUUAAAGCCUCCUGUCUAGAACGCCUGGAGAAACUCACCGAACCACCACCAAAUAAAGGCCAACGAGCUCUUCCCGCACCAGACGACAAGCCCGCUCGCAAACGUGGCGGAAGACGAGCACGAAAAGCAAAGGAAGCAACUGCCAUGACGGAUCUUCGAAAAGCGCAAAACAGGAUGGCAUUUGGCAAAGAGGAAAAGGAAGUUGGAUACGGAACUGGAGACGGAACGAAGGGUCUGGGUAUGAUCGGCCAAGCGAACGACGGCCGGAUUCGGAAUCUGCAGGUCGAUCAACGGACGAAAGCGAAGCUCAGCGCGAAGAACAAAGGCUGGGGUGGUGCGACGCCGGUUGGUGGCUCUGCAUCUUCUCUUCGUGGAUUCGGCCAAGGUGCUGGUUCGGGCAUUGAUCUGAGAGGAAAGGGGUUGAGAGCUUCCGGGGUUGGAUCGACGGUUGGAGCGGGAGCUGGAACUGCGUCCUCGUUGGCCUUUACACCUGUUCAAGGCUUGGAACUGGUUGAUCCGAAGAUGCAGGCUGAGAUGAGUAGGAAGCGGAAGGCCGAAGAGGAUAGGUGGUUCAAGGGCGGAACGUUCACGCAAGUGGGAGGCGGAAGCUCGAGUAAUGGGAGUAUGGGGCCGCCACCAAAAAGAGUCGACACGGGCGUAGGCAAGAUGGCGCCUCCGCCUCUACCAAAGAAAUAGGGAAGACAAUUCUUUGAUAUCUCCAGAGCUUGGCGUUAAUGGUGGGCAUAUGGAAGGCGUUGUGAGGUUUAGAUGUCUGCUCGCCGCACUCGGCGAAAUGCUUGGGUCGAGCAAGCCAACUGCUUAGCAUAUACCUGGAUCAAAGCAUUCGAUGGAUUUUGCCA